AUGCCUCUCUUCAGGCUCAAGACACUCUUCCCCUUAGUCGCCCUCCUGUCUAUUGGGUUUUUCUUUUGGUGUAUUGACAGAUAUGAUCGUGCCGCCCUAUCGAAAAUCAAACAUCCCAUCGAACAGCUUUCGAAUACAGCAAACACGAUAACGUCGAAUAAGAGCCCGCCUGCUCAAGUUCAGCUACCUCCCACUCAUAACUCCUUUGGAAACUGCGAGUUUGAUACCGCAUCUGCACCUCCCCUGCCGUUUGGCGAAUGGCUCACUCGCAAGAACUUUACUCGCGCCUUCAUCCGCCCGAAUAAGGUCAGCGCCCAGACACAAUUCCGUUCGCUCGAAGAUAUCAACACCCCCGUAUUACCUCCUUUCCGUGCGCUGGAACGCGGCCUGAUCCUCUCCGACGAGAAUAAUGACAAAACCGUCCCCUGUCCGACCGUCGCCGAAGUCAAUGUGGCUAUGGAUCACGACGUUGAGGAGACCUCGAAAUUGCUGUUUGGUCUCGCCACCACCGUCGACCGACUCGAACGUUUGUUGCCAUCUUUGCUAUACUCUUUCGCCGGCACCAAGGCUAGCCUUUUGGUGCUAGUGCCUGAGUCGGACGACAACCUCUCAGCCCAGGAGGCAUACUUCCGCUCUCGAGGACUCGACAUUACCCUCGAAAGUUCACCAUUGGAAUUCACCGCCCGUUAUUUCGGACUUGUCGAAGCAUUCAGUCUUCAUAUUAAACAAAAGCGCCCCCAAACGGAAUGGGUUGGCUUCAUCGACGACGACACCUUUUUCCCGUCGCUCCCUUCGGUUGCUCUUCAGCUCAAGGCAGCUGAUUCUUCGAAGAAGCACUACAUUGGCUCGCUCUCGGAAGCAAGCUGGCAGGUAGAUACCUGGGGCCACAUGGCUUUUGGCGGUGGUGGUAUCUUUGUCUCGAAGCCGCUGUUGGAUAUCCUAAUGGAGAGCUACGACGAGUGCCAAUCUUGGGGCGAACAACCAGGUGAUCAAAAAUUGGGGCAGUGCAUUGAGCGCUCCAGCAAUACUCCUCUCACCUUGUGGCCAUCGCUACAUCAAAUGGAUUUGACUGGAGCCCCCGAUGGUAUCUUGGAGUCCGGCCUUCCAAUCGACAGUCUUCACCAUUGGAGUACUUGGUAUACCAAGGAUGUCGUGAAGAUGGGCGCCGUUGCCGCUGCGGCCGGUAAGAGAUCGGUUCUGCGCCGCUGGGUCUUUGAUCAGCAGGAAUUCGUUGACCAGAGCACUGGAGAGUCGUAUCGCACAUUCUGGAUCCUCACGAAUGGGCAUUCGGUUGUGCGGUAUACCCUGAUGCCUGGUACCCCGAAUGACGCCAUUAACUUCGAUCAUGUCGAGAAAACAUGGGAAGAGGACAUGGCUGGUUACACGCAACGCUUCGGUGCCAUGCGAGAAAAGGAUCAAGACGGAGUGAUCAAGGAGCGCUACUUGUUGACGGAUGCAAUCGUCAUUGGUGACAAUGUUCAUCAAUUCUAUACCAGAGAAGAACACACCAGUCAUAGUCUCAUUGAAAUAGUCUGGCUCGGUUCCAAGAGCGGCAGCGGUGCCAAUGCUGGUAGCUCACGAAACACUAAUUAA